UCCCCGCCGCACCUGGGCGCAGCGCCGAGCACCGAGGCACAGCACCGAGCACCGAGAGCCGGCCGGCCCGGAGCAUGGCGCGGGAGCUGAGCCAGGAGGCCGUGCUGGACUUCCUCUGGGCGGCCGGGGGGCGAGCCCCCAACACGGCGCUGCUCCGCCACUUCCAGCGCUUCCUCCGCGACCCGGCGCUGACGGAGCAGCAGCGGCGGGAGCGCCGCGAGUACUUCAAGAGCCUCGUCAACUCCCUGGCCACCGUCCACCCCGCCGCCGCCCCCGGCGCCUCCAAGGACAUCGUCCUCCGCCGCAGGUACCGCGACCUCCUCGAUGAGGAGCUGCCGCCGCCGGAGGAGCAGCGGGAGCAGGAGGAGGAGAAGAACGAGCCGCAGCCGCCGCCGCCCCGACGCGGCCCCCGCGGGGAGGCGGCGGAGCAGGGGCGGCCCGGCGGGGCGGGGAGCCAGCCGCCCCCGUACCGCAGCCAGCCGCUGUCCUCGGGGCCCUGGGCGCUCCGUCCCGGCGGCACGGCGCGCAGCCGGCCCCCGGCGCUGCCGUCGGGUCCUGGGGCGCUGUCCGCCGCGGUGCCGCCCCGGUCCCUAUCGCCGCCGCUGCCACCGGGCCCGGAGAUGCCGCCUCCCUACAGGUUGCCUCAGCCCCGAUCUCCGCCGCAGCCCGUGACCGAGAUGCUCUUGCUGAAGGCCCCACGACCCUCAGCAAGCCCGGAGAGGCGACGCCCCGCCAGACCCAUCCCGUCCCCGCUGCUGCCACCGGGCCCCAGGGCGCUGUCCCCGCGCGACCUGCCCCCUUCCCGAUCCCUGCCGUUGCUGUCCGCCCCGGAGGUGCUGCCCCUGUCCCGGUCCCUGCAGGCGCUCCCUGCCAGCCCCUCCUCGUCGCCACGGCUUUUGUCAGGCCCCGAGGUGCUCGCUUCCACCAGGCUGCCCCCAUCGCAGUCCAGGUCCCUGCAGCAGCUCCCCACCAGGCCAUCCCCAGACCUGCCGAGGGGCUCCAGGGGGCUGACCCCCAAGGGACCAACCCAACCUCAAGUCCUGCGACUGCAGCCGUCUCAAAGCCUGACACUGCCGUCAGGCCCUGGGAUCCUGCCCCCCACCAGAUCCCCCCCACACCAAUCCCUGCCACAGUCCGCCACUCUCCCGCCCCCAUCCCGCUCCCUGCAGCCACCCCUUGCCGGGUCACUCCCAUCCCAAUCCUUGCUGCCAGCACAGGGCCCCGCAGUGCCCCAAGGCGCAGAGAGCCAGCCCCCGGUACCGCUGCCUGUUUUCCGGAGCAUCAGGUGCCAGCUGGCUCUGUCGGAGGCGCAGGGCAUCGCCCCCUCAGCCCACGACGACUGCGGGCGACAGCCCCGCUCCGUGCUCGCCAAGAGCUCCCCCAGGAACGCAGCCAGCCGCGGGCCCUUGGUGCCGCUGGGACAGCGGGAGCACGCCUGGCUAGUGGCAAUGUCAGCGGGCUGCUGGGCUCAGGUGCGGGGGCUCUUUCUGGAAGAGCCUGAGCUGGCCCUGCAGAGGGACUUCAUAUCAGGCUUCACGGUCCUUCACUGGCUGGCCAAGCACGGCGACGGGCCGGGCCUGCAGGAGCUGGCAGCGGCGGCGCGGCGGCUCGGGCUGGCCCUGGACGUGGACGCCCGCUCGGGCUGCGGGUACACGCCGCUGCACCUGGCUGCCAUACACGGCCACCAGCUUGUCAUCAAGGUGCUGGUGCUGCAGCUGGGCUGCCAGGUGCAGGUGCGGGACGGCAGCGGGCGCCGGCCGUGGGAAUACCUGGGCAGCUCCACCUCGGGGGAGGUCUGGCAGCUCCUGGAGGCACCCCGCGGCACCAUCAUGUUCCCCACGCAGCCCCUGGCCCGCAGCGUGUCCUCGGUCAGCAAGGGCUCGCCGUCCACCGGCAGGGCAGCGCUGCCCGCCUGCCUCAGGGGGCAGCUCGGCCGUGGGGCAGCGUCCCACCAAUCCCACCAAUCCGGCAGUGACAGCGACUGAGGAGCUCCUGCCAUCCCCUGCCAGGGGAGAUGGGACAUCGGUGGCCACCCUGAGAGAGGAAGCCACGCAGGCAGAACAAAAGCUGUGAAACAGACUGAACCUAUUGAAGAAUGUACUUUUAAAUUAUUGCAAUGAACUGUUGUCUGAGCCUCUCUGCCUUCCCUCCCGUUUCUUGCCUUUUUUAUCAGCAAAGGGAUGCAGUAACUCUGCUGGAAGCAGGAAGAACCCUUGGGAGGCAAGUCCUCUGCAGCCCACAGGGCCAGGACCAGCUGCUGGGUGCAGCCACGACCACCAGCAUUAGUGGGACCAUGGUUUUGGGUGAGGCUCAAAUCUGGCCCAGUUAGGGUAGAGCACUUGCUUUUGCUGACAGUGACAGAUUGUUGUUAGUCCUGGGGUUUGCAAAACACUUGUUUACACCACCUAAAUUCUGGGGAGUAGUAAAACACAUCCCUUUUUAAUCCCAGCAGAUUAAGGAUGAGUCCCUCUUUUAAAAAUGUAGCUGAUCAAGAUCCAGCCUUCCAGUGAGCAGGGAAGGGCGUUUCCCAGGCCACCUUGCCCACCAUUCCAUGCUGAAAGGAAUGCAGGGCAGCACCACAGCCCUGCUCCCCUCCACAGCUGCCUGGGGCUGCCCAGCAGUAUCCCUGCUGCUCCCUCAUUCCUGCACCUCCAGUUGCCCUCCUCACACCACAGG